AUGCCGGUUAAGGAGAAAGAGACACUUGUGGAUGACAUCAAACUGGAUCUCCUAAACAUCCGGGCAAUGGUGCUUGAAGCAGAUGACAUAUCUAGACUGGAUGAGUGCGACUUUAGGAAGCUGGCCUGGAUAUACAAGAAUCCUCAGCAACAGGUGAUUUUUAUUAGAAAGAUGCACAAUCAGAUUAUUCAGGAAGUUCUGAAGUUUCUGUUUGAAGGACGUAAUAUUGAGGCAGUGAUAAACAUAUGCAUUUUGUAUGAGAUUUAUGACAGUCAGGAUAGGAUGAUUGACAUAGAAAUGCAGUUGGAGUGGAUUGAAGCAAUCAACCAGCAUUUGCAUAGCAUAGAGAAGAAAGUAGAAAAGGAUGUUUUCCAUCAUGGAUUGGGCGUGUGGGAUUUUAUGAGAAGCAUAAAUGCAAUCAGAAUAUGCAUAACGCCGUUUCCUGAGGAUGAUCAAUGCUUGAUGGCGCUUGAAGAUGAACUCUGCCAGAUAUCAAAUGCGCUCGAUAGAUUUGAAGCAGAAGGGGAGUUUAAUAAUGACCUGGAUGGAUAUGUAGAAGAUGCGAAUGAAAAAUAA